AUGGACUCAAGUUCCGACGUGACGAUUCAAAAGUCCCCUUCUGCUGUCACACGACCACGUGGGAUCGACUACAGCAAGUGGGACCACGUGAUCUCUAGCAGUGACGAAGACGAGGGGGAACCAACGGGGAAGAGAGACGGAGGAGGGAGUGGUGGAGCAGUGGAAAACGCCAAAAAAUCCGUAGGAGUAAUCAAGGUAAGAGACGGCUGUAGUGCAGGUGGGUCCAGCAGCAUCCUGGGCAAAUACGGCGAGAUCUGGAAGAGCCGCGAGGAGGCUGUGAAAAGGUGGAAGUUUCUAGCACAGGCGGCGGUUGGGGCUGGAAAGGCAAAAGUGCCUAUGAGGCAGGGAGGGAAAGGAAGAGUGGAAGGUACAGAGUUGCACGGGAAGCUGCAGCUGCUGAGUCGGGCGAAUAUGCUGCACUAUCUGGACGUCAAGGGAGGAUGGGGUGCGCGUGACGUUUGGGGUGGGGAGGAGGAGCUGAGGGAGCGGCCUGAGGUGCAAUUCUGUUGCAAGUGUGAGCUGGCGCCGUUGCUGUGUGUGGAAGCCAUGAUGACGGACUGGCUGUCUGAGCCUCGUGUGGGUGUGCUCAUGGACCUGGGGAAGAUCAGAUCCCGCCUGCCUGCCAUUCUGGCUGCUACUGGUACAGAUGCUGCUGCAGGUGUCCCUGCUACUCGCAUAGAGUCUUGGGAUCUGGCCUACCCGGCAGUAUUGAUGGAGCUGGGGGCGCGUAGGCAGGCGGAGAAUGAUUGUGUUGCGUCCAUGCUGGUGCAGGUGUUAGGGGUUAAGGAGAGUGCUGAUCUGCAGGAAGGGUUUGGGUUCUUUGUGCAGCAUUUGCUGUCAGGUGGGCUGGAGAAGGUUCAUGCUGAGGAAAAACGGAGAGGGGGCGCUGUUGGUGCAGUGGGGGGAAGGGGUGCUGCUGAUAAUUUCGAAGGAGAAAUGGAGGAGAAGGAUGAGAAAUGGAGGGAGAAUUUGAAGGGGCGUGAGUGGGAGAGUGGCAUGGGUGCCACUGACUUCGCCCUUGCUCUUGCCACAGUGAUCUCCAGGCCACCUUACUGCAAGGUGGCUCCAAUGUUUCUCCAGGAGGGCAACAACCCGAGCAAGAUAGGGGUGGAGGAUGCAGCCAUUGAGGAGGCUAGAAAGAGAGCUGGACGUCUGGGGUUGACCGGCAGAGUGAGUGAGGGAGGUAGAGGAACAGGAGGAGGAGGGGAAGAAGCUGUGUUAGCUACAGCAGACGCAUGGCCAGCAGCAGCUCCUUAUCCAGCUAGUUCCAGAGAUUGUUUGCUUGACAACAAUGUUACUUCUCUCACUCGCGGUGCUGCUUCUCACACUGCUGCCUCUGAUGUCACUGGAGUGCCUGUGACCAGCUCAGGGCUCGUGCCUGUCAACACCAACGCAGCCAUUGCUGUUUUGACGUACCGAGUUGCUUGCAUCUUGCGAUGGGUCCGAGUCUACGGCUCAGAUUUCAUUUCUGCAAAGGAUUGCUUCAAGGACAGCCCACAGGGCAAGGUCCGGCCCAUGCGCCAUCCGCUUCGGGACCUUCCAAGCCUGCUUCUCAGGUUCGGCAACAUCCCCGGACCUCUUGCUGGGCAGACCUUUCCCAUGGAGUGGGAGGAAUGGCCCCAGGGCGAUGAAGCUGCUGUGAAGUUUCCUGAUGACUCAAGGGCAGAAUGCGUUGGCCUAGGAAUUCUAGAGGAGAGUGGGAUGGAAGAUGAGACUAGGCGAAGAUCGUCCGGCCAGUCAUUGAAGGCAGGAGGUAAGAGGAGGGAUCGAAGGAACAGAGGGAAUGUGGGAGGCCGGGGAGGCAUCAAGGACCCUCGCACCCCCAAUCCAUCGCCUCCUUCCAUCACAAACCAUUGCCGUCCCAUUGUUCGCUGCAUGGACGAUGUGGAUUACAUUCUUGACUUUGCUGCUGGCCUGGCUGUCCCUCCAGCAUGCACCGAGUGCAACAGAUGCGCGAAACACUACACCUCCCUCAUCUCCUUCGUCGCCUUUGUUGCCAACUUCGCCUAUCGCCCCGCUUCUUUCCUCCUCAACUGCUUUCUCUCCGUCUUUCAAUCCCAUUCCAAAGAGUUCACCGUUCUUGUCUGUGGCUUGGGCCUCAGGCCGUUUCCCAAGGGUGUCUCUCGGGUGGCAGUAGCAGAGCACCUGCAGCUAGUGCGGACACAUGUGGAACAGGCGCCGAUUUCUCUGCUCAUCACUGCUGCUGCUGGAACAAGUUCUGCUGCCCCCGCAACCGCCAGUGCUACUCUGAAAGCUACUGCUUCCCCUUCCACCGCUGCUGCCCCUUCCACCCGUGCUGCCUCUCCCACCCCUGCUGCCUCUCCCACCCCUGCUGCCUCUCCCACCCCUGCUGCCUUUCCCACCCCUGCUGCCUCUCCCACCCCUGCUGCCUCUCCCACCCUUGCUGCCCCUUCCACCUCUUCCGCCUCUCCCAUCCCUGUUGCCUCUCCCAUCCCUGUUGACCCUCCCACCCCUGCUGCCUCUCCAACCCCUGCUUCCCCUUUCACCCUUGCUGCCCCUCCCACCCCUGCUGCCCCUCCCACCCCUGCUGCCCCUCACACCCCUGCUGCCCCUUUCACUCCUGUUUCCCCACCUAUUGGUGCUACACCAUACCAUGCAAGUGCACCCGUUUCGAUUACAGGUGGCUCUGGUCCUGCUGCGUGUGGGGAGCGUGUGUGCGGUGCUGUGGGGUGUGGGACGGUGGGGGGUGGUGGUGGUGUGAAGCUGAGGAGUUGCGGUGGGUGUGGCAAGGUGGCGUAUUGCAGCAGAGAGUGCCAAAAGGCGCACUGGCCCUCCCACAAGCUCACAUGCCCUGGCAGGACCAGCGGGAGAAGUGGUGGCAGCAGCAGUGGCAAGAUGAGUGGCAAGGUGAGUGGCGUGGCGAUUGGUUAA